AAAUUGCAUGAUGGCAAUGAUUCAGGCAGACCGUUCCAGAGCAGCAUUUCAUCAUGUGCACCAAGUGUUCCUUAUCGGACAACCAAAAGUGUGGAUUCAAGUGAUGAAAGCUUUUCUGAAUCUGAUGAUGACAGCUGUCUGUGGAAACGAAAACGACAGAAAUGUUUCAACUUUCCUCCUGCUAAAUCUGAGCCUUUUCAGCUUAGCCAGAGCCACCAAAAACAAACUGCUCUAGGUGGCAAGAAGGUCAACAACAUUUGGGGUGUCGUGCUCCAGGAGCAGAAUCAGGAUGCGGUGGCUACUGAACUUGGGAUUCUAGGCAUGGAUGGUAGUAUUGACAGAAGUAGGCAGUCUGAGACUUACAAUUAUUUAUUGGCUAAAAAGCUGAUGAAGGAAGCUCAGCAAAAGGAGGCAGAGACUUUAGAUAAGGAACUGGAUGAAUACAUGCACGAUGACAAGAAAACAUUGCCAGCAGAAGAAGAAAAUGGGCAAGGCUUUCUCAAAAGGAAGCGGCCUGUAAAAGAUAGACUGGGUGAAAGACAAGAAAUGAAAUAUAAAGGAAGGUAUGAGAUAACAGAAGAAGAUUCAGAGGAAAAAGUGGCAGAUGAAAUUGCUUAUCGGCUUUGUGAGCCAAAGAAAGAUUUAAUUGCCCGAGUAGUGAAAAUAAUUGGGAAAAGAAAAGCUAUCGAACUGCUUAUGGAAACAGCUGAAGUGGAACAAAAUGGUGGACUGUUCAUAGUGAACGGCACUAGGAGGAGAACACCAGGGGGCGUUUAUUUAAACCUGCUGAAGAACACACCUAGCAUCAAAGAAGAACAAAUCAAGGAAAUAUUCUAUCUGGAAAACCAAAAGGAGUAUGAAAACAAAAAAGCUGCUAAGAAGAGGAGAAUACAAGUUCUAGGAAAGAAGAUGAAAAAAGCCAUUAAAGGGCUUAACCUGCAAGAAUAUGAUGAUGCAUCUCGUGAGACUUUUGCUAGCGAUACGAAUGAGGCUCUGGCUUCCCUGGAUGAUCUACAGGAGGGGCAUCAUGAAGCAAAGAUGGAACCUGAAGAUAUUAUUGAAAUUGAUAAUGCUCAUGAUUUGGAGAUCUUCUAGUUACUAAUGUUCUUGAUAACAAAGUCUCUACAAAGCAUAUUAAAUGAGCCUUUCUUAUAAUCCCAUGGCUUCUUGUUUUCAUAAGCUGCAGAAACAUGGGAAAUAUUUGAUGCUGAAGAACAUGACAUAAUUCUUAGCUAAAUUUAACAGCAUGAAAGAUGUUAAUUGUCCUAUUAUUUGUUUGCCGAGUCCUCAAAAACUGUUCAGAUUUUUCUAGAUAACAGCUUUGCAUCACCAUGUUUGUUCCUUAGGAACUUUUUUUAUCCACGUUAGGUUUAGGAAUUAAGGCUAUGUUAUAACAAAAUACAUCAUAUUUAAUUUGCUGAAGCUAACAAAGUCAUCAAGUGAGCAAUGCUCCUCAUUACAGUUGAACAGGAAAAACAGUAUAAAGUUAGUCUUGAUAUAAAAGGACGUGUGUUCUUAAUAUGGCAGUGUGUUGACAAGAAUAGCAGUGUUUAUAGGAUUAAGACCUGUAAAAAGAUUGGUUUGUGAAAUAAACUUAAUUUUAAUAGUCAAUGACCUUUGAAUAACAACCUUGUAAAUAAGCAUUGUUGAACAUGUAUGUUUUACAUUUCUGCAGUUUAAUCCUUCGUAUUAUAAUAGUGGGUUGAGCUUCCUGCCUGUUCUGUCUAGACUUUUUCCAUGAUUAGACACUCACACAACUUAUACAUAUCUUUUUGUUUGAAAACAAAUAUAACUGAAUGCUUUCUGAGUAGUGAGAUUUUACUAAUCUGUUUUCCCCUCACGGGUCUGUAGACUACAUGCAGGUAUAAACCCUUUACCUUGCGAUUCCUGUUUCCGUGCUUCUUCUCAUGUGUGCGGUAGGAUAAAGUAAUGUGCGGCUUGCAGAAGUUCUGAAGUUUUUCUAUUCUGAGUUUUAAGAAAACAAUAGUAUGCAAAAGAUGAUUUUUUUACUUGAUGCAGAAGACUCUUGUGUAGUUUGUAAGUUCAAUUGAAGACAACUUUUAUGUUGAAUGUUGUUUUUAAUAUAACCGGAGAACAUGCGCGACACUAAUAUGUAUGAUGUCUAAAAUACUUUGUCAC